CUACAGCUAUUCAGCCUGUACAGAAAUGGAUACCAAACUUCAGGACCAGCUCCCGUCGGCACAGCUCCUGAAAAUAUUCCUUCUGGAGUGGAUGUUUUCAGAACCAUACCGUACCUCUUCCUUUUCCCUUCUUUGCAGAUCUUUGGCUGCUGGGUCUGGAUUCUUGUAGCGGCUACCACAGUGCAUUUCCCUUUGCUGCAGGGAUGGGUCAUGUAUGUCUCUCUCACGUCCUUCCUCAUCUCGCUGAUGCUUCUAAUGUCCUACCUGUUUGGCUUCCACAAAAACUUCGCCUCCUGGAGAAUCCUGGAUAGCCUUUACCAUGGAGCUACUGGCAUCCUCUACAUGAGUGCUGCAGUCCUGCAGGCCAAUGCAACAAUCCGCUCAGAGACAGAAACUUCGCCCCUCUACUAUCAGCUCAAUGUUGCUGCUACGUUCUUUGCAUUCGUCACCACGCUGCUGUAUAUUCUUCAUGCCUUCAGCAACUACUACCAGUGAAAACUGCCGGGAACGUAUAAAACAUAAGGCCUAAUUCUCCCUACAUGGAAUCCGUGUCCCAAAACAAAUUCACAUUUGCGUAAGGACAGAGCCCAGUUGAAAUUGUGGCCGUUCAUCACCCAGCACCUUCUCAUUUUUAGGUGAAAGAGAUAAUUGGGUUUUAUUUCAACCUGCCAUUUCACUCAAGCUGUGUUGUGUAAGAAACUGCAGUAGAAAAUACUACCACCCAGUCCUUGAUAAUCACAGUUAUCCAGAGUCAUGGUCUGUCCCCCAGAGUUGUGCCUUGGAAAACCUGUGUAAACAAUACAACCAUUUUUCUAAAUCAGUGUGUGUUUGUGGGGGUUCUUCUUCAAAAUACUUGUACCAUUUCCAAACCAACUCCUCUGCUGAUGAAGCCGGGUAUAUAUCUGCUCUGGAACCCUAGCACGUUACAGAGGAUUCUGGGAUAUUUUCUAGGUGAACACAGAUGAUAAGAGGCAUUGGCAAGUCUUCGGAGCCCCACCGUUGCCCAGCUUAAACUCAGAAAUGUGCUCUCAAAUGCGUCUCACAGUCUCCCGCCUCUCCGUGUCCAGGAAACAUGGGUGGCAGCGGGCAAACAGUCUUUCAGGGAGGCUUGUCUAUGACUAUAUUUUUCUGACUAGGUUCCUUUGAGAAGCUUCCAGACAAUUCCAGAGCUUCCCCAAAGAACAGUUUGAAAACUAUUCCCUCAGGCCAUUUGGAUAAAACCAUGUUUGGCCUGACAAUGACCGUCACAAACAAACGAAUACCGUUGUCCAGACGACCAUUAAGAAAGAUUCACGUGUUACUUUCUGAUGCUGUAGUAUUGUCACGUGGCAUUUUUACCUCAUCAAAUGCAUGUGGGACGUAUAUUUGAAAAUGUUCCUGCAAGUGUCAAAAGAUUGUAUUUACUUCAGGGGUUGAAUAAAUAUAAACCCUAGCUUGUCAUCCUGACACAAUGAUAUUACUGGGUCAAAGAGCAACGUGUGAAUUGCCCUUUCAGUACUGCUGAUAUAUGCUAAAGGUUUUUCUGUCCUUUGUUAUUACAGGAGUUUGUUUUUAUGGGGAAACAUGAAGUAACUUAUUGGUAAAUCUGUGUGGUUUUUUUAAAAAUAGUUUUGUUCUCCAUUUUAUAUUGCUAUUUUAGUGAACUACCUUUUGCUAGGACAAUAUGGCUGACUGUCCUCUCUGAUUGGCGCACAUGUGUCUCUUUUGCUGUUGCUGUAAAAUAAAUCUCACUGGAGAUCUGCCUCCCACU